AUCCGACGUGUCAAGUCGUGAUGAGUUCUUCAGAUCAGAGGAUCUGACGAGAUUUUAUUUGUAAAUUUAUAGUUCACUAUUGUCAGCGAAAGUAUUUGUCUUUAUCGCAGAAUAAAAAUUUACUCCUUUUUGUAAAAUAUGAGCGCUAAAGUGAACCCUGAUUUACAAAGAGAAAGGGAUAAAUGUACUUUCAAUGUGACUGAAUUGACUAAUUUAAUAGAUGGAGGUGUUCAAAAUACUGAAGAACGAAAAAGACAAGAAGACCUUCUGCUAAAAGAAGGUAUCCACAUUGAAGAAGUUCCAUCGGAAUACCUCAGUCACAAGGAGAAAUAUGAGCUGGCUGUUAAGAAAGCAUGUUUACUGUUCAAAGUUAUACGGAGGAUGCAGGAGGAAGAAAAUACUGGAAUGGAAAAUUAUAGAUCUGUACUUGGCGGCAACCUGGGCUCCGCCAUCCUUGCAGAUGGGUCUCCGCUGACCCUCCAUUACGUGAUGUUCAUACCCACCAUACUGGGGCAGGCGACAGUAGAACAACAGGCCUAUUGGAUCGGUAGGGCUUUUAAUUUGGACAUCAUCGGUACUUAUGCUCAGACUGAAUUGGGCCAUGGAACAUUUAUCCGCGGACUAGAAACGACCGCCACAUACGACCCGAGCACCAAGGAAUUUGUACUGCACAGCCCUACACUCACUUCUUACAAAUGGUGGCCCGGCGGGCUUGCUCACACGGCCAACUACUGCAUCGUGAUGGCUCAGCUAUACACCAAGGGGCAAUGCCACGGCCUCCACCCAUUCAUUGUCCAGCUUCGUGAUGAGGAAACCCACAUGCCACUCAAGGGUAUCAAGAUUGGGGAGAUUGGUGUCAAAUUAGGCAUGAACGGGACCAACAACGGCUUCUUAGGCUUUGAACACGUGAGGAUACCGAGGGAAAACAUGCUGAUGAAGAAUUCUAAGGUUCUUGAAGACGGCACGUACGUCCACUCUCUAAGUUCAAAACUGACGUACGGCACAAUGAUGUUCGUUCGUGUCGUUUUGGUGACGGACAUGUGCAACUACAUGGCCAAGGCGGUCACCAUAGCCACCAGAUACUCCGCAGUGAGGAGGCAAUCUCAGCCCAAGCCGGACGAACCGGAGCCUCAAAUCCUGGACUACGUGACGCAACAGCACAAGCUCAUGAUUGGUAUUUCUACAGUACACGCCUUCCGCCUCAGCGCCAAUUGGCUGUGGCAUAUGUACAACAACGUUAUUGCCGAGUUGGACACUGGUGACUUGGAGAGGCUGCCAGAGUUACACGCCCUAUCAUGCUGCCUGAAAGCCGUGACGACAGCAGACGCGGCUGAAUGCGUGGAGCGUUGCCGGCUGUCGUGCGGCGGCCACGGCUACAUGCUGUCGUCGAGCCUCCCCACCACUUACGGACUCGUCACUGCCGCGUGUACCUAUGAGGGGGAGAAUACUGUGCUGUUACUGCAGACUGCCAGGUAUUUGGUAAAGGCGUGGCAGCAAGCGAUGGGGGGUAACGCUUUGACCCCGACCGUGUCGUACAUAUCAGAGGUGAGCACGGGCCGCCGUUCCCCGCCCUGGGACAAUUCCGUCCAGGGGGUCAUACACGGGUUCCACAGGGUGGCAGCCGGUAAAAUCGGUAUGUGCGUGGCCAACAUCGAGAAACGCCAGAAAUCCGGCUUGUGUUAUGAGGACGCAUGGAACAUGACUUCGGUCCAACUCGCUAGCGCUUCGGAGUCCCAUUGCCGCGCUAUACUUCUCUCCACGUAUUAUUCUGAAACUGAAAAACUGGCGUCCAAAGUUACUCCCGCGCUGAAAACAGUCUUGCUGCAGUUGGUAGACCUUUACGUGGUCUAUUGGGCGUUACAGAGAGUCGGCGACUUGUUGAGAUUCACGUCAAUAUCGGAGAGAGACAUCGAGCAACUUCAGAAUUGGUACGAGGACCUGCUGACCAGACUCCGCCCCAAUGCUGUGGGGCUUGUUGAUGCAUUCGACUUCAGAGAUGAGAUUCUACAUUCAGCACUUGGUUCGUACGACGGUCGUGUGUAUGAAAGACUGAUGGAAGAGGCUCUGAAGAGUCCGCUCAACGCGCAGCCCGUCAACGAUAGCUUCCACAAGUAUCUCAAGCCUUUCAUGCAGGGAAAACUGUAAUACGACAUAACGCAAGCUUAAAUAACACUCAAUAUAAGGAUCAUUCCAUAGAUCGCCAACUGUAUGUUUAGGGAUGUAACCAUUGAUCGAGUACAAAUUUAUCGAUGUUUGUCAUAAGACUUCAAAGCUUCAAUUCACUUUGAAAUGUGGUUGCUGAUACUUGUAGCAACCGUAUUGCAUCGAAAAUUAAGGUACGAAUUUGAUUACUUUGCGAUUAGUCAAAAUAAUGGGUUUCUCCAUUCAUAACAAAGCAGGUUGUAUGCUAACGCAAGUGAGAUUGAUAAUCUUGCUGAGCAUCACCGGUACCGGUUGCAAGAACAUUGUAUUGUAUACUCAAAUAACCAUACCCUACAGUAGGAUACAGUUUAAAAAUUGUUUUCCUUAAUUGUGUCAAAACACAAGUUUUAUAUCACAAAAAAUAUCAUUAAUUUAGCUAGAAUAGCUUAGAUUCGAAAUCAAAUCUUUUUUGCGCGUAAGACGUAUCCAAAAGUUAAAACGAAUCUUUAUUAUUUUUAAUGUUAUAAUGUAUGGUGGAUGUAAAUAGGAUAUAUAAGAUUUUAACUUUUAUACACUGUUAGACAGUAAACAGGGAUAAUUAUGAAUUUAAUGGUGAUUGGUUAAUUAUUUAUUUUAUCAACUUCGUAAAGUUUAAUGAUAUUAGUUAUAUCUAUGGUGGUGGAAGUCACACAUUCCAUUGAAGAGCAAAACAAUGUCCACAGUAUUACCCUUGAAAUGUUAUAUCGUGAGAUUGAGUGGAUGGAUAUAAUGAAAUAAAUUUUUAUAUAUUGUUUA